GCUAUACGGAUAUAAAUCCAAUUCAAAUUUCUAAUUCGAAUGUUUGUUGCUUUGUACAUAAAAAUAAUCAAAACAUUACAAAUUGCACCCCCUCUUUACUAUUUCUACCCGUCUCAGGCGGGGAGUUCCUCCGAUAUUCCAGUAAUAUUUUUUUAUUAAAUUCAGUUUUCAGUUAAAGUAAAUAGCAGAAUCGUGGAUAGGGAACUUUACUAGCAACCUACCCAAUUUAUUGUAUAAAUUUUCGGAAUCAAUGGUUGGACUAUGCAAACUAUAAAUACCUUUUCUUGGAUAAAAGAACAGAUUACUCGAUCCAUUUCCAUAUCACUUAUAUUAUAUAUAAUAACUCGGUCAUCCAUUGCGAAUGCCUAUCCCAUUUUCGCACAGCAAGGUUAUGAAAAUCCACGAGAGGCGACGGGACGUAUUGUAUGUGCCAAUUGCCAUUUAGCUAAUAAGCCCGUGGAUAUUGAGGUUCCACAAGCGGUCCUUCCAGAUACUGUAUUUGAAGCAGUUGUUCGAAUUCCUUAUGAUAUGCAAUUAAAACAAGUUUUAGCUAACGGUAAAAAGGGUGGCUUGAAUGUGGGGGCUGUUCUUAUUUUACCUGAGGGAUUUGAAUUAGCCCCACCCGAUCGUAUUUCUCCAGAGAUGAAAGAAAAAAUAGGGAAUCUUUCUUUUCAGAGCUAUCGCCCAAUAAACAAUAUUCUUGUGAUAGGUCCUGUUCCUGGGCAAAAAUAUAGUGAAAUUACCUUUCCUAUUCUUGCCCCGGACCUUGCCACUAAAAAAGACGUUCACUUCUUAAAAUAUCCGAUAUAUGUAGGUGGUAACAGGGGAAGGGGUCAAAUUUAUCCUGACGGAAGCAAGAGUAAUAAUACAGUUUAUAAUUCCACAGCAACAGGUAUAGUAAAGAAAAUUGUACGAAAAGAAAAGGGCGGAUACGAAAUAAACAUAGCGGAUUCCUCGGAUGGACGUGAAGUGGUUGAUAUUAUCCCUCGAGGACCAGAGCUUCUUGUUUCCGAGGGUGAAUCUAUCAAACUUGAUCAACCAUUAACGAGUAAUCCUAAUGUGGGUGGGUUUGGUCAGGGAGACGCAGAAGUAGUACUUCAAGACCCACUGCGCAUACAAGGUCUUUUAUUUUUCUUUGCGUCUGUUAUUUUAGCACAAAUCUUUUUGGUUCUUAAAAAGAAACAAUUCGAGAAGGUUCAAUUGUCCGAAAUGAAUUUCUAGAUUCGUGUAUUUAUCAAGCUUGUAACAAUAACAAAAUUUUUGUUGACAAUUAUUUGACAAUUUUGGAUGAUCAAUAAAUCAAAAAAUUCUGAGAAGGUUUUUUUUGUUUGUUUAUACUUUUCUUGUAUAUCUACGAGAAGGUUGGAAUUACUUGUACGAGAUUAUUAGUUAUAAUAUCUAUUGGAUUGCGAAGAAGACUAUUUUCCUUUUUUCCAAUCGAAAUUCGACUAGAUGCUAGACUAAAGGGGAAAUAUAACGAAAAGAAUAAUGAGGGGACCAAAUGAUUCUAGGGGGAGUUCUUUUCCUUCCUGGUCUUCGACACACGACAAGGAAUUUUACACAUACUUGUCGUGUGUCGAAAUUGUAAUGAGUCUUGAUUCUCCUCGUCAAAGACUUAGUCGGAAUUUUUUUCUUAGUAUUACACGUAUAAGGAGUGGACAAACUGAAAAAAAAGGAGAGAGGUAAAUUUAUGGAACAAAUGGAACUUCUUGCAUUCUAGUUAAUCUAGAAAAAUAAAGCUUCUAUUGUGUCAUUCAGUAAAUCAAGUGAUUACCUCUUUUUUUAACUUAACAAUUUAGGAAGGAUCAACAAGUACUAU